AUGCCGGGUUUUCAUAAGAAACGAGUGAUUGGUGUAUGCGAUGAAGAGUUCGAUGAAUACACGUGUGGAUUUGAUAGGAAUCGAGUGGUCGGUGUGUCUGAUGAAGAUCUGCAAGAGUUCUCGUGUGGUAUAUGUCUGGAGAUAUUUGUCGACCCAAUGAGUAUGUUAGGAGUGAUAGGGAGGGCUCGCCAUCAUCUCAACAAAUAUCACAUCGAAAGCAAGUUCUGGUCCAUUGCUGAGGCCGGGUAUGACUUGCGGACCAGUAUUAGUGUCUCAAUCGAUGCCAUACUUAACAAUAAUAGUUAUAAAGACAUCUCAACUUAUAUUAUAAACGCUUUGAAUGGGUGUGAAGAGGGAAAGGGAUGUUGGAGUAAACGCUGGAAUUGUGUGGUAUUGUCGAGAAGUGGUGGUGAGAGUGAUAUCUGUGCUGUCGAUGACUACUUCAGGGUAUCGUUUGGCGACUUAUUUAUUGUCAUAUUUUCGGUCCAGAAUUAA